UUCUAGUUUUGAAAUAGAGAAAGACUGUACAAAUAAAAAAUCAAGUUCUUUAGACAAUUCAGAAGCUUCUGUUUCUGAUAAUGCUAUCGAGAAAGAUCGAGGAAAUGAUAUUCAAGAUUUGGACUCUGUAGCCCAACCCUUAAACUAUGAAGAAAGUGAUAAUGAUCAAGGAAAUGAAACACAAGAUUUGAACUCUAGUAUUCAGGUAAAAUUACAUGUAGAGAAAUUACUAAUAAUUACAUAUAACAUCAAGAUUAACGAAAAGUACUCUGGCGAUAAGUACAAAUUCCAAAUAAAUAACCAAUUUAAAGCUUUAAAAAAUAAAAUUGAAAAAAAUAAUUCUAAAAUUGAAAAAGUUGAUAAGGCCAACAAUGAACCUGUUAACAACUUCAUAAAAAGAGUUCCUUCAAAUUUGACAGAAGAAGAUUCCUUACCUAGCAUUAAUGAAAUAUUGAAACCGUCUGUAACCCAAAGCAGCCAUCCUAGUAAGGAAACAAACCUUUCACACCCUAAAAUUGUUAAUACUAAAACAAGUGUUGAAGGAAGCAAUAGAAAUAUUA